AUGCAUCAGGCUUUUCGGUGUGGUAUCUACAGUUCAAGCGUUGGAUUCACUCUCAAGAUCGGAGACAACUCCAAGCAGUUGGUAGUCCUCUCUGGUGUUUUCAUCGGCACAGGGGAACUGUUAGGAGGCCUUUUCCAGAUCACUCUGAGCGGAUUCACAGAGCGGCGGAAGUACGGGAAGUGUGUGGUGCUAGGCACCGGGCUUGUAUGCCAACUCAUCACCUUUACAAUCAUCUGCCUCAACAUCCCUGCCACUGCUGUCUUCGGCAACACACUUGAUGAGUCCUUCAUACACCCCAGAGCCUCCCUAGCCAUGUUGUGUAGCAUCCUCAUCGGCUUCUCUGACUGCUGUUGCCACACCCAGAUGUAUUCCAUCAUGGCUGUCAUGUUCCCGGAGAACAGCUCUCAAACUUGUGCAAUAUACAAGUUUACCAAGGGAAUAAUGGUGGCGGUUACGUUUUACUGCUCGAGCUACCUGAACCUCCAUCAGCAGCUCGCAGUAUUGGCUCCAAUGGCUCUCAUCGCAAAUUUAACAUUUUUCAAAGUCAACAAGACUGUCAUGGAAGCUGCAGAACAAGCUAAAAACGAUUAUAAUUUAGAAAAAAUUAAAUAUGAUCUUUCUAAUUCAUGACAGUCAUCAUUGUAAAUCAUAGACUAAGUGUAAAUAUGUUGUUUUAUUUUCCAUUCUUAUUUCUAAGAUUAAUAUCUGUGCGUUUUUAUAACGGUUUUGUAUUUUUUAUCGAUAUAUAAGUAAUGUUAUAUCAGUGUUUAGUUGUUACUUUUCCUUCAUAAAUUGUAAUGAUUAACCUGAAAGCCCCAAGUAACAAUCUAGAAGAUGUAAAGCAUACAAUGUACUGUAUAUCAAAUCAUUGACUGGAGCUCAGAUUUGUAGAAUUUAAGACAUAUAGUUAGCAUUUGUAUCAAUUUUGUUAUGGUCAAUAAUUCGUAUGGCAGUGUUAGGAAAACUGUGAAAAUACAGUACCAAAAUACCUCAAAAUAAGAAUAUUUAUGUAAAAGGCAUAUCAAUAGUCCUGAUUUAAGUAUUAGCAUGUUGUAGAACAAAUUCUACUCUUGAAUUAAAUAUCAUAUUCUGUAACGCUUAGGUUGUUGUUAUCGUCCCCUUUGAAGAAUAUUAGAUACAUCAAGAUAUAUCACAUUUGUCUACAUUAUAUAGAUUCAGGACGAUGUAGGACACUUCUAUUCACUUUACACAUGUUACUCAAUCCAAGCAUUUCAACAGUUCCAUUUUAAACAGUCAAUGGAUAAAAAAUAAAACCUAUUCAUGUAUGUACUUUUUAUAAUUGUGUUAAACACUUUUGGAGGCUAUAUUACUAAUAUACCCUGUUAUAGUGCAAGACUUCAGUUUGUGAAAAUUUAACUUCAAAGUAUAUUCAAGUUUGUGGCUAAAUUUUCUGUAAACUUUUUAAGUACAUACAAUAAAAAAGUCAAUACGAUUAAGUUUUGUGUAGAGGUAAUCAUCUUAGUUUUUCUAUAACCACUUCUGUCUUGUUUGGAUU